AUGGCCGCCUCUAAAGCGGAGUCUCAAAAGAUCUUUGAGAAACUCAAACUGAAGCCCGCGAACAAGGUCUGCUUCGAUUGCAAUUCAAAGAAUCCCACUUGGUCGUCGGUGCCUUUCGGUAUCUACCUGUGCCUCGACUGUUCGGCCAACCAUCGGAACCUGGGUGUCCACAUCUCCUUUGUCCGCUCCACAAAUCUCGACCAAUGGCAAUGGGAACAACUCCGGAUGAUGAAGGUUGGUGGAAAUGAGUCCGCCACCAAGUACUUCCAAUCGCAUGGAGGCUCCGCCGCUCUCGCCAGCAAGGACGUCAAGGUUAAGUACACUUCCAAUGCGGCUGUGAAGUACAAGGAUGAGUUGAAGAGACGUGCUGCAGCUGAUGCGCAACAAUACCCCGAAGAAGUUGUCAUCACCGACCUCCCCGCCGGUACAACCCCCGACGGCUCGAACACUCCCGCUGACGACGAAGACGAUUUCUUUUCCUCCUGGGAUAAGCCUUCCAUCAAACGACCAAGCAACCCUCCCUCCCGCACCGGCACCCCUCCGGUUGUCAGCCGGACCGCUUCGCCCUUCCUAAACGCCGGCGCCAACGGCUCACGUUCGAAAUCGCCUCUUUCAGAGCAAGGGAGUGCCUCUCCUGCGCCUACCACUGUCAAGUCCGCCGCUACGGUACGAAAGGCCUCGUCGGCAGGCACCGCGAAGAAGGGCAGCGUUCUGGGUGCCAAGAAAGCCCCCAAGCUCGGAGCUAAGAAGGUUGCCGCUGCAGAGACCAUCGAUUUCGAGGAAGCCGAGAGAAAGGCCAAGGAAGAGGCGGAACGUGUCGAGAAACUUGGCUAUGAUCCCGAAGCAGAGAAGGCCGAGGCUGAGGCCAAGGCCAAGGCGGCGAGCACUGCAGCUCCGGCCAUCGCAUCGCCUACCCCCAUCAGCCCUAGCGCAGGGUCAACUAGCAAGCCACAAGAACGGAGUGCCAGUGAUGUGGAACGUCUUGGAAUGGGUAUCGGGAGACUUGGGUUCGGACAAACAACGAAGCCCCCUGCCCCUAAGAAGCCUGGAUUCGGCGCUGUUGCUCCAACCAGGACGCGCGAGGAUGAUGAGGAGUUGGAGAAGACUAGGACCAGGUUCGGCAGCCAAAAGGGUAUCUCGUCUGACGAAUUCUUCGGCCGGGAACGAUUCGAUCCCGCUGCGCAGUCGGAGGCCAAGGAGCGUCUCCGCCAGUUCGACGGUGCCCAAUCCAUUUCCAGCAACAGCUAUUUCGGCCGGCCCGAAGAUGAUCUUCCACCAAUUGACGAUGGAUACGGUGACCUGGAGGCCUCAGCGAGGGAUUUCGUCCGCCGGUUCGGCAUCACGGCCGGUGAUGACCUUGAAAACCUGACUCAGCUUAUGGGAGAUGGUGCAUUGAAGUUGCAAGGUGCCAUUCGCACGUAUCUGAACAGCUAA